AUGGCACCGAAGAAGGCGCGAGUCAAGAAGGCGCAAACCAAGAAGAAGGCAGCCAAAAGAAUACAACCCAAAGAGAUACUGUCACCCGACACCCCACCUGCGGAUGGUAGUUCUCCAUUUACCAGACUCCCUCUGGAGGUACACAUGGUCAUCGGUGACACAUUGAAAGCGGACAUGCAGCUUGGUGCGCUGGCCAAAUUAGCCAGGACAUCGCGGCGUCUCUGCUCUUUCUACGAGCAGCAAAUCUACAAAGGUAGAGGCAACCGCAACAACAUCGUUGCUCUGAUGUGGGGAACGAGACAUAACUCUGUCACUGUCAUGCAGAGCGCCCAACAGUGGGGCGCAAACCUCGAUGUUCGGGCUUACCACCUGAACAGAAUGGGAAGCAGGAGAACCCAUGGAAUGCAUGGUAGCGGAACGGCACUCCAAUUAGCCAUUAGGGAUCAAAACAACGCAUCCAUGUGCUGGUUGCUCGACGAGCACGCUCGUGUGGAUAUACCUGGGAAGCCGGCUCAAGGCAUGUGCCAGUGCACCACCCAGUCCAGAUCUCACGCCUCCAGUCUCCACCUUGCUUUCUGCAAUGGAAACCUGCUUGCCGCCACGACCCUUCUCCGACGCGAACCGGUAGCUUCGGUGCGGUAUUCACUAGAGGUUGAUACACGAUCCAUUCUGAAUACGGCAGUCAAGGCGGCUUUCAGUGGGUAUUCGGUCAGCUUUUUGGCUGUGGCACUCGAAAACCCUGCAAUUCGCAAGUCAAUCAAUUCAUUCCAGGGAGUGGACCAUCGUACACCCAUCAAAGUGGCUCUGUCACCUCACCACGAGGGUCGUCAUCACUUAGAGCUGAUCCUUGAUGCCCUGGUUAAGGCAGGUGCAAGUUUGGGGCCGUACCCUCACGGCUCAGAUGUGGAGGGACACCAUCCACCCCUAUGGUCAUCACUCUACAGAGAUGACAGAGAGGCAGCCACAUAUCUGCUGCGGCUCGGCUGCGACCCCAACGGUGACCGACCUCAUCCGAUUACUCCAGAGUGGCGGAGCCCGUUGCACUGGUACAUCGGCCAUGAAUCAUAUGAAAGAUGGUACACGCCUGGUUGGCAGCAGGAGCAUGUGGCCCAUGAGUGGAUGCGUCAACGCAGACCGUAUAUCAGAGAUUUCAUUGUUGUUCUUCUCGAGCACGGGGCGUCGCUGGACAUCACGGAUUUGGCUGGAAACUCUCCACUCGAUUAUGCCGUCAGCUACAUGGACAGAUUUGUUGAACCAAGGCGCCGAGUUGCAGGCUUCAAGCUUGUCAAGCUCUUGCUUGCCAAAGUUGAAGCCGAGGGCAUCUCCAAAGAGUCCAGGAAAAGGGCUGACGACAGGCUAUGGAGAGCAGCCGGGGUCUUUGAGGAGAAUCUCAGAGAUAUCCAAAAAGCCCUGAAAGAGUUGGAGGACAAGUUGAACCUACCUGUAGGUUCGGGUGUUGAGCCCCUACCGGAUAGAGUCAGUUUCAGAAAAGAGCUCAAGAGACUAUCAUUCGCUCUCAACAGGUCGGUGUAUCUGGAACUGCUGACUCGCAUUCGAGAUGGAGUGUCGAGCCUUGAGGCAUUAACCUCCCAGAACUCAGACCUGGAGCCCGAGAGGGUCAAACGAUCAAACGGAAGGUUAUAUCGUCUCAUGAAUUCUCUAUCGAGCGCUAUCUACCAGGCUCUGUGUGCAGCCAUGAAUGCCUGCCAGUGCCCUACUUCACACCGUCUCGGACUGAAGUUAUCAACACCUUCCUACACCAGCCUCAUACCGGAAGAUGAGGAUGAAGACGUGGUCAGGAACUUGUCGAUGAAGCUUGCGAUAUCCGAUCAGGACACUGCACACGGAAAGCUCGAUCGAUCAUGGUCUUCUUUUAUGGUCAAACCUUCCAGUCGACCUCGGCAAUGUCAAGUUUCCACUCACCAGAAGCCCACUGCGUUUGUGAAGUCCGAAUGUCCAACAAAGCGGGCCCGGAAAACCGUUGGGUUCUCCUUAUCAGGAAUGUCAGCAAUGAAGAUACAUAGCCUGCGGUCUCGCUACUCGUCUCGAGAGGUGGAGGUGAAAGCAUCAUCAAGGUCCUCCACUCACACUGUGACCCUUGAGGUUGUCAGCACGAAACUGGAAGCAUCAAACCAAGACAUAAUAGUGGACCUUUGUGAAACCUUAAGACAGCUGCCGAGCCUAGAAGCAAGCAGUUGUUGCGGCCAUAUCAUCGGACCAGCGGCAAUCAACGCUUCCGCAACGGAACGAUACGGUCUCUACGCAUUAGGUCAUCUGCGUCCCUCAGGCAGCUUUGGCCAAUGCUCCUUCAUAUCUCUCCAUGAAGUAUUGACCGAGCAACUUACUGCUCCUUGCCUUUUCUAUGACGAAGACAGACUACGACUUGCCUACACACUGGCAUCCAGCGUCCUCCAACUGGCAGGAACCCCUUGGCUCACAACCUAUGUGACAACGAAAGACGUCUUUCUAAUCCGAUGCAAUGGCACGACACAUUUCCAGGAGGCCUUUGUCAUCAGACAACUUCCCGAAAUAUCGGAUUCGAUGCAACUCGAUACCCAAUCACCACAAUGCCUCGCUGGCGGCGUGCAACCGAACCAGGGAAUGCUCUUUCUGGGCAUCAUUCUCAUUGAGAUCAUGCUCGGAACACCUUUUGACUUCUUCCGCGAGUCCCAUAUCAAACAGCAUGGUCCUUCGACGCUGGGAUCGUUUUUCUCCGAUUACGAGACAGCAAUCACGCUGCUCGGCAGACUUGAGACGAAAGGCGGCCCAAACUACAAGCGGGCUGUUGAACGGUGCAUCAAGUGCAAGUUUCCUCAACCAAAGGCAAACCUUGACGGUGAUGAGUUCAGGAGACUCGUGUAUGGUCAUGUGGUAGCGCCGUUGGAAGAGGACUUGAAGCAAUAUUCUCUGCCUGACCUGCUGUGAUGGCACAUGACGGCCGGGGAUUCAUGAAGUAGGCUACUCGUGAAUCCGACUGAAGUUAAAAGCGUGCAACAAGUGAUGGUGCCGGAGGAUCCAGAAAGCGGUGACGUGUCUUGGGGCAAACAAAGAGGUCUGGCCACGGAACUCAGGAUUUGUUCCGGAUACAAAUCUUCCGCGAAUAGAGGUAUAUCUACAGCCCUUACCAGCAUGCCGGAGAAACAGGAAAUCUCAAAGUCCACGGCUUACCAAAACCUCCAGUUUAAACUAACAAUGUGCGCUAUCUGGCUCGAAGGAGAAGUCACCUACCCGUGCGGACACGUCGUCAAGCACUCGUACCGCACCUUGGUCCAGCUCAAGGGAUGCAAGCUAAGUCCCUGCACAACGGUAUCAACCUACACGCCUGGAAGGACGGUUUCUUUCCCUUGCUCGACGUGUCAAUCCAAUGGCUCGUACUAUUGGGAGAAAGGGUGGAACGCAUGGGUU